UGCUCAAGAGCUCACGCUGGUGACAGAUCCGGGUUUUACAAAUCACUUCACUAGUCGCUGUUGUUGUCAGAGGGUUUGUGUAGCCUAUAGUGUUGACCAUGGCUGUUCUUAUGGAGCACCCAUUUAAACAGCUUCCAGCCGAUAAACAAGUGGACACUAGAUCAUUCUUGGAGUCGGUGUCAUAUCUUCCGCCAUUCUUUGACUGCCUUGGCUCUACUGUUUUUGCUCCAGUUAAAGCUGACAUUGCAGGGAACAUCACAAAAAUCAAGGCAGUUUAUGACAGCAACCCUAGCAGGUUCAAGACCCUUCAACAAAUCCUGGAGGUAGAGAAGGAGAUGCAUGGAGCAGACUGGCCCAAAGUGGGAGCCACCCUGGCACUUAUGUGGCUAAAGAGGGGUCUCCGGUUCAUCCAGGUCCUGCUGCAGAGUCUGGUGGAUGGGGAGAAGGACGAAAACAACCCCAACCUCAUCCGGGUCAAUUGCACCAAAGCCUAUGAGCUGGCCCUGAAGAAGUACCAUGGUUGGCUAGUGCAGAAGCUCUUCAAGGCAGCUAUGUUCGCAGCGCCCUACAAGGUGGAUUUCCUGAAGGCGCUGUCCAAGGGGCAGGAAGUCAAGGAAGAGGACUGCCGGGACAAAAUCAGACUAUUUCUAGUCAACUUCACUGCCACUAAUGAUGCCAUCUAUGAGAUGUACACCAAGAUGAAUGCCGAGCUAGAUUACACCGUGUGACUACAGCAGAUAACUCCCCAUCUCCUUAAGGAUCUGCC